CUGUUCAACUAUGCUUGCUUAUCUUGAAGUCUCUUUGAUCAGGCACGACCAACAGAGGCGGAAAUGGCAGAGGCUGACCAAAAUCAAAGAGAGAAAAGGCUCAAAAGGAGAGCUUUUCCUCGAGACACGUCAGAAUACCAGGUCUGCAGAAUUUCUGAGUUCUCUUUAUGCGUCUUGCUGAAUAAUUUUUGCAAUGAUUCGCACCCAAAUCUUGUAGGCUGCUUGCCUAUUUGUCUGAUGACCUCUGGAAAAUGAUUGACCCUAGUUAUUUCAUUUGAAUCUGUGGGGCCUCAUCCGUUAACCUUUUCGGCUGACCACUCAAAUCCUGAAAUACCAGCGCCAACUGAGAGAGAUGCUCAUAUUGAGAUCUUUUGUGCAUUCCUUUCAUGUUAGCAACUUGCAGAAUGCUUUCACAAUUUAUUCCUGAUUAGGAUGACCAAUUUUAUAUGGUAUCUGUCAAUAAUUUCAUUCCUAACCUCUCAGAUCCUAUCCAAAAGUUCCCUCUUUUCUUCGUAGUACAUGGCUUAUUCAACUUCACUUGGUAUGGAAAAUAUCGGGCCUGUCUUUGUCAUAUUGGUUAUUCAGUCGCAACAUUCAUGUCAUCAUUUGAAGUUCAUGCUAUUCAAUAUAUCAUCAAUUGCGUUCAAUCUUAAUGUAAAUUGUUGAUUUUCGUAGAUUACUGUCAAAUCAUAAAACAAUAUUGCAUAAAUUCGGUCUUCAUCUGCAAAGAGUAAACAAACAAACUUGAUUGCUUAUUGCAUCCAUAUUUUCUGCUCUUUUCUCUUUGCAAAUGGAUCCAGUCAUGGAAGAAGAACCAGUCCACGACUUCUCUCCCUUCUUUCGCGUAUACAAAGAAGGCCGUGUGGAGAGGCUCAUGGGCACUGAUUUCACUCCCCCUUCGGUUGAUCCCAAAACCAGCGUUGAAUCCAAAGACGUUGUGUUUUCUCCUGAAACUGGUCUAUCUGCAAGGCUUUACAUCCCAGAACUCCACAACCAAAACCAAAAACUUCCUCUUCUGGUUUACUUCCACGGCGGAGCAUUUUGCUUGAUGAGCCCUUUCUCUUCUAUGUACCAUAAUUACCUCAACACUCUGGUUCAUGAAGCCAACAUCGUUGCAGUCUCCGUCGCAUACCGAAGAGCCCCAGAGCACCCUCUGCCUACAGCUUAUGAAGAUUCAUGGACAGCUCUCAAAUGGGUUGCUUCUCAUGUCAACGGAGAUGGCCCAGAAGAUUGGCUAAAUUAUCUUGCUGAUUUUGACAAGGUGUAUUUGGCUGGGGACAGUGCUGGCGCUAAUAUAUCACAUCACAUGGGCUUGAGAUAUGGCAAACAGAAACUUAAGGGUCUCAAACUCGCAGGAAUUAUUUUGAUUCAUCCAUAUUUGGGAGGCAGUGAGCCUAUUGGUGCCGAGGCUGAUAAACCAGAGAAAAUAGAAUUCACAGAGAAGUUGUGGCGUCUGGCGUGUCCUGGGACAACUGGGUGCGAUGAUCCGCUGUUUAAUCCGGUGGCUGACCCCAACUGGGUGAGCCUGGAGGCCACCCGGCUCCUGGUUUGUGUUGCUGAAAAGGAUUUUUACAGACACAGGGGAUGGUACUAUUUUGAGAAGCUGAAGGAGAGUGGAUGGGAAGGCGUUGUGGAGUCUAAAGAAGAAGAUCAUACGUUCCAUUUGUACAAUCCCAGUUGUGAGAGUGCUUUGGAUUUGCUUAAACAGAUUGUUUCUUUCAUCAAUAUUCAACACAAAGCAUGAACACUUUGGCACCACUUUUUCCUAAGUUAGUGUAUUGGAUUGGAUUGGAUAGUAUUAUUUACUCUUGAAGAAGCGUUGUAACAAUAAUGUAUCAUGUUUCUGAACUAUGCUCAAACAAUUGGCUUCUUUUAUCAAA